AUGGCACGCGAAACAGACUCUCUGCUAAAUGAUCGUUCGUCAAUUUUAUCAAGCGGCCCGGACCAUGUGCGGCCCGGACCCAAGGUGGAGAGCCCCACACAAGGCCGACUCUCCGUCUUCGUGCUCUGUGUCUUGCUCGUGACCAUCGGUGAUUUUGGCAUCUUCCUGGUCUCAUUACCCCAGACAAGGCUCUACGAAAGCAUCGUCUGUUACCGUUACUAUGAAGCCCACGAUCCUAGCCGCAUUGGGCCCGGAGGGAGUGUCCUGGAAAAGUGGUGCAAGAUCGCGCCAGUACAGGGUGAAGUCGCCUUUAUACGGGAAUACGAACUGUUGUUUGCAGCUAUUCCAGGCGUCGUAUUGGCGGUCCCAUACGGUUUGCUGGCCGACCGAUGGGGUCGAAAGCCCGUCGUGCUGAUGAGCAUCAUGGGAAUAUUACUAUCAAUAACAUUUACACUCCUUGUCUGUGGACUAUGGCAAAUCUUCCCGCUGCGCCUCGUCUGGUUGUCCCCCGUUUUCACAAUCCUCGGUGGUGGCGCGCCUGUGCUAUUCUCGAUGAUCUUGACUAUGAUUGCAGAUGUGAUGCCGGAGAAUGAAAGAGCUACCGCCUUCUUUCGGCUGAUGACAGGCCAAUAUGUCGCGCAUAUCACCGCCACUCCGGUCGCUUCGGCUUUGAUGGAAAAUUAUGGGCCAUGGCUACCGAUACAGCUAGGGUAUAUAUUUUUCUUCGUGGCUACAAUAACUGCAUGUCUAUUGAAAGAGACGGCACAGCCGCGAGAUACCGUGAAGAGCGCCCCAAGGGACGGAUUGACAAUGAUAAAUAGCGAAACAAGAACAAGCCCACGAGUCCUACUAAAGAGCAAGUCACGCCCUGAAUUAUGGAGGUAUCUCAUAUCUCUCUGGCGACAUGCAACCACCCUACUCCGACAUGAUACCAGAGUCAUCGUGCUCAUUCUCACUUUCUUCAUCAACGCCGUCGAAGAGCCGGGUCAGAGCCUGAACAUGCAAUAUAUCUCAGAACGAUAUAACAUGACCCUCGCCCGCGCCGGAUUCGUGAUCUCUAUCAAGUCUGUUGCCACUGUUACCACAUAUAUUCUCCUGUUACCGAGCGCGUCCUGGAUAUUGCAACAACAGCUGGGCCUUUCAGACACACGCAAGGAUAUGGUACUAGCCCGUGGUAGCAUUGUCACCCUCUCCAUUGGAUUCUUUAUCGUUGCAUGGUCCCCAACGGUGGCUAUGGCCACUUUUGGCUUUCUCAUCUCAACCCUUGGCCGAGGCUUCGGCAACCUCAUUCGCUCACUCGUCACUUCUCUGGUACCACCCGAGUUCAUUGGACGCAUGUAUACAAUGAUCACUGUUAUUGAGACGUUUGGUACCCUCAUUUCGGGACCGUUACUAGCUGCCUUGUUUCAGGCGGGGCUGAAUCGAGGCGAUGUCCGGUGGCUGGGCCUCCCUUUCAUUGUGGCCGGUGGGAUGGGUGUCAUGGUGGCUGUCGUGCUUUGGUCUAUCGAUAUAUCAACAAACACGCAUGAUAUUGAAGCUGAGUGCGUACAGGAGGGUGUGGAAGCACAAUACAAUUAG